GAAAAUAGAAAAAAAAUUAAAGGCACCACUAAUAAAGUUGAAGCAAAGCCAAGCAUCAUCAUUCAUCAUCAGCAAGCAGCUUUAUUCCUUCCUCUAUUAAAAACGAAUCUCAUUCUCCAUUUUCUUCUCCCCUUCUCUCUUCUCUCUCUCUCUCUCUCCCACACACACACACACUUGAGCAAAAUCAUCACAACAAUGAGCUUCUUCAUCGAACAUUCUGGUCUCAUAGUCACUCAACUUCUCUACAAAAUGGCUGUUCUCAUCACCAUCUUGAGAUGGAUUCUCGCAUGGAUCUUACGCUACCGAUCCAGAUCCAGAUCCACCUCAUCUUCCUCCUCCCCUUCCGUUUCUCCUUCGAUUUCGUCACAGACAAUCAAGGAAAGCCUCUCCGUGACAACGUUCCGUGACGCGGCGGAGAGAUCUCCGGCGAUGAUCAACGAUACCUGCGCGGUGUGUCUUGGAGAUCUGGAAGAUGGAGAUGAGGUAAGAGAGCUCAGGAACUGUAGCCAUAUGUUUCACCGUGAGUGUAUUGACCGGUGGUUGGAUUAUGAAUGUUGCGGUGGUGAUGAUAAUAACGAAGCUGAGGAGGAUAACCACCGGACGUGUCCUCUUUGUAGAACUCCGCUACUUGCUGCUAAUACGACGUCGUGUGGAGAUUGGCCGGCGAAGAACGAACCUAGCUGGGCCGUUGAACGGCUUCUCUACCUCUUCGGAGAUGAUCUUCACCUCUGAUUGAUUAUUGGAAUUUUAUUUAAUUUUCAAUUUUUAUUUAGUUGGAUCAAUAGAAAUUACGUAGUGAGAGUGGUUAAUUUUGUAAAUUGGGGGAUUUAAUGGGUUAGAUUAGGAAGUAUAAUAAUUAUAUCAAUUAAUUAAAACCAUCAGAUUUCUUGUGUAUCGUCAGCAAAUGUUACAUUCAUAAUCA